GAUUGGAGGGCAUCUUAGAAAACAUUAAAUCGGAAACUUCUAUAAUAAUGUUAUUUUGAUGCUUUAUAUAUAUCAAAAACUUCUUUCUACUUUACAAUAAAAAGAAGAGUAAAGGUAGAAUAUUAAUAACCAGAGACCGGAGAAAAUAAGUAGAGCGUGAAUAUCUAUCCAGUGUUUUACGUGUAGUAGACUAUCUAACAGCUAAUUCUAGGAUAUCGGAAUUUGAAAAAAUGUUAUGAUUAAUACUAGCAAAGGCUUAGUAUACAAUAAAUCACUGAUAGCCAUCGCAUAAAACAACAUGGAAACGGUCCCAUUAAAACUUUUGCUUCAUUGUUUAUCUAUUCAAAGCUUUAGCAUUCUUAUCACUGAAACCCAAUUUUCUAAUUCGAAGCAUCAGACCUCUGCUAGCAAUCAGAUUCAAAAUGAAAGUGAUAAUUUAAUUCAAAGAAACUUGUCCAACAUAAGUGAUUCCAGCUAUCCUUUUCCUUCAAAUGUAAUGAACCAUAAAAUCAAACCAAUUGCAGACUUCCAUCCUUGGUGGAGUAUAUACAAGGUUCAUAAAGAGCAAGUUACUAACCAAAAUGUAGAAACAAAAAUUGUCAAUCCCCUGCUUGUUGAAAGAAGGCAAGGGCGGUUUAUUGAUUUAAAUGAAGAGAGUAUUCGAAAAGAUGUAUCUGCAGGGAUCAACUAUGAAGAUUUCAUGGCACAAAAUAAGAGAGCUGAACCCAGAAUAAUUAGUAUUUUUUCCGUUAUAUCAUUCUCCGACUUUGCCUGUCAAGGAUAUAGUACAAGCAGAUGGGGACAGUGUAGAGCGUACGCAAAGUGUUAUCUAGAUGGAGGAUAUGGAGACGGACCAUGUGCUGACGGAUAUGGAGUAUGUUGUCUUUUCCAGACAGAUACGUGUGGUUCCGAACUGAAACAGAACAUUUCUUAUGUGUUGAAUCCUGGUUAUCCAUCUGGAUAUUCUACAACAAACACUAACUGUGAAUACACAAUAAAGAAAUGUGAUGAUUCUGUUUGUCAAAUAAGGUUGGAUUUUGAAACAUUGACCCUGAUUGAUCCAGUGAGAUCCUCAAUAGCAGCACCUGCUGCUGGAACUUGUGUCACAGACCAACUCAGUUUUUCCACAACAAGCGGAGACAAGUUUGGUAGCAUUUGUGGGACCGAAUCUUAUAGCCAACAUUUAUACUUGGAUACAGGGGUGGAAUCAGGAGAUAGUUUAACAAUAUCUUUCAGCAUAAAUAAUGCUCCAACUUCAGCUUCGAACAGAUACUGGAGUAUAAGAGUUAUUCAGGUUCCGUGCAAUACAAAUUGGACGGCUGAUUUUAACUGUCGUCAGUGGUUGACUGGUGUCUCAGGAACAAUUCAAAGCUUUAAUUUUGCAAACUCUUUAACAUCUCAGUUGAUUCAAGGAAGAUAUCCUAUUUGUGUGAGACGGGAGACCGGGUAUUGCCAUAUAUGCUGGAAACAAACGACUGAGUCAAACUCGUUUAAUCUGGACACAGGAUCUGCUUUGGGUGCAUCAACUACAAGUAGUUGUCCUGAUACUAUUUCCAGAGUGUUCAUUCCUGGGAGUAACGUUGGCGGGGCAGUUGGUUUAACUCCAACAAUAGAUGUCUACUGUGGAAAAGCUCUUCUGCCCGAAUAUGUUUGUACUAUUUCAGAUAACAGGGUUAUAGUUGAUUUUACAUCUCCCGCCACAGGUCCUUCAGGAGGUACUGGCGACACAAUGAGGGGGUUUCAACUCCAGUACAGACAACUUCCUUGCAGUUCUUAACUCUUUAAGCACCUAAUUAAAUAUAUACAUACAGAAGGAAACAUACUUUCAUUUCAUUUCAAGAGGACGAUAAAACCUGAAAAAUGGCAAAAAAAAUCAUAGUGAAUUCCCAUUUAGACCAAAGAAAUAAAAGUUAAUGGUGUGAAAAUAAAAAUAGGUUUGAAAAAUAUAUUAAUUAAUGUACAUCAUAUGUAUGUAGUAUGACUGUCUUUUUCUGAAAUCUGCAUUAUCAUUGAAAU